AUUCGACGAGUCACCAUGGCAACGGGGAAGCGGAGGACUACAACACUUGAACUGGAAAUCUUAAUGCGCUUAUAUAGCGAGUUUGAGCACGUUUUUAGAAAGAAGUGCAGCACCUGCAGCUGCAAAAGAGAGGGAGACGGUGUGGGAGAACAUUGCUGCCCGGGUCAAUGCUUUGCAGUUCGUUCCUCCGACCAGCAGGUGGCGCCUGAUGAAGGACGUUUUGAACCUGCAGCAGGUUUGAUUUCUCCCCAGGUGAACUCAGGUCAAACAGCUGAGUCACUGAGUCCCGAAUCACUGCCAAACUCACACCAACCUCACGCACUCAGGAGAGUUUUAUUGAGCAGCAGCGUCUUCACCAUCAUGAUCAGCCUUUUGUGUCUCGUCGUCCUCGUCGUCCUCGUCGUGGUCGUCGUCCACUCGCUGUCUUCCCGCCGUCGCCGCCACGUGCAGCCCGGCGGCGCCAUACUCAUCACCGGCUGCGACAGCGGCUUCGGACACCACCUGGCUGGAAGUCUGGAGCGGCGAGGCUUCGUGGUGUUCGCUGGAUGUUUGUAUCCAGACGGAGCCGGAGCUCAGAGCCUCAGCGCUCAGAGCUCCGGGAAACUGAAUAUCUUAAAGCUGGACGUGACGAAGGACGAAGACGUGAAGAGGGCGAAGGCAGUGGUCCAGGAGAACCUUCCGGAGAAAGGUCUGUGGGCAGUGGUCAACAAUGUUGGGAUCUCAGACUGGGCCGAGAUCGAGUGGAGCUCCAUCGAAGAUUUCCAACGCAUGGUGGACAUCAACCUGUUCGGCGCCAUCAGGACAUCCAUCGCUUUUCUUCCUCUGGUUCGCGCCGCCAAAGGUCGGAUGGUUUACGUGUCGAGCAUCUUUUCCUUCUUCAACUGCCUGAACAUGGCAGCCUAUAGCGUCUCCAAGAGAGGCCUGGAGGCCUUCGCUGACUGCUUAAGGGUGGAAAUGGACAGUUUUGAUGUAAAGGUCAGCAUCAUCCAGCCGGGGAACUUUGGUCAAGCCACCAGCAUCCUGAAGAUGAAAACCGGGUUGGAUAUGUGGAAGAAGCUGGACGACGAGAGGAAACAGACCUUCAACCAGCAGUACAUGCAGCUGGCCAGCGACUACUUCAUGUCCACCUGCAGGGCUGGUUUCAAAGACGCUACCCCGGUCAUCGACGCCAUGCUGCACGCCCUCACAUCCACCCAGCCCAAACGCCGCUACCUGCUGGUGUCCAAGACGGAUAUGUUCUUCUUCAGGCUUUACCCUUUUCUGCCCACCAUCCUCACCGAUUCCAUGUUUCAUCUCAGCUCCAUGUACGCUAAAAGAAAAGAAAUGCUGUACACUCAGUAAGCAGCAAAGAAACUCGUCCUGGACUCAGGGUUUGGAUGCAGUGUUUUGUUUCCAUUUAAUGACAUUUUUUGCGGCAAAAAAUUACAAAAAAGAUUCUUGCAUGUCAAAGUGAAAAGUACUGUAUGUUAAUUAAACAUAUGAACUAAGUGAU